AAAGGUGCCUACCACCCAGCACUUGAACACAUCCCACAGUCUGACACUUUUGAGAUCUGUGCCUUCGUCUUUGCGCCUUCUGUCGAGCGUGUCUGCAUCUCUCUGCGCUAUGUAUCACUCUUCCAAGAUGACUUCGGCUAGCGGUCACCAUUAUCAUCACCAACAGUCGAGUCCAAACGAUCGCUGUAGAGAGAUUAUGUCAAUAGACAAUCUUCUGACACCACAAAGAAACCAGCUUUCAGUGCAAACACACAACCUACAACCUGCUUCUUCUCAGAUGAUGAGCCCGUCGGCAGCCGACAGCGCAUUCGAAAGAACACCCCGGGAAAAGCGCGAGCCAUACUCGGACCAAGCGCAAUUCUACAUUAUGUAUGUUCGAGUCGGCAAAGAAAAGGACUGGAACCAAAUUGAACGCUCCUUCGAAGACGUGUUUGGCCAGCAUCGCGCGAAAGACGGGUUGACAGCUGUUUACUACCGGAUCAGAAGCAAAUGGGGGCUUCCGCCAGUCAACAAAUCCUCGCAGGAAAUAUCCGAAGAAGGAAAAGACAUGAUUCGACAACGAGCGCGAGGAUUUGAUCAGGGGUUUUUGAAGAAGGUUGGGUAUUUUGAGUGGUGCCAGUCGUAUCAAUCAUCAGCCGCGCCCAGAUGAGAAAUAUACUCAUAGCUCCUCUUCAUCUUGAUCGGCAUCGGCAGGGCCCUGAGCAGAGCGCAUCCAAGGGAAUUUCUUCCAGGGGUUCUGCAUGACUUCAUCGCCAUCGCUCCACUCAUCAGGGUCAGAAUCCCACUGCUCGUCGUCUGAGCCUCCACGACGGUAGCCAUAGGCGCCUCGACCAUACUCGUCGUCGGAUGCGACCUCGUCCUCAGGAUAGUCGGCGGCAUAGUACCCUUCGGCUGGAG